GACCUCUAAAAGCAUACGCUGCCCGCUUCGCUUCGGAAAUCUAAGUACUGUACGAAUGAAAAUGAAAAUUCAGUGAUCAGAGCGAAGAGCGAGCAUCCUUCCUUGUCUGCCACCAAUUCUUGUUCUUCUUCCUUCCAUGGAUGACAUGACUGCGUAUUACCCACCGCCGCCGUCGGCUCUCCACAACUCUCAGUACCCAUAUUAUCCUCCACCGCCAGCGCCACCUCUCGGGGUGGCCACUGCAGGGCCUCCACCGACUCUUCCUCAUCAGGGUCACCUACCUCAGCAAUACCAGCCUCAGCCUCCCUACGCCCACUAUGCUCCAGGACCUCCUCAACCUAUGCAAGAUGAGGUUCGAACCCUUUUCAUUGCAGGGCUUCCUGAAGACGUCAAGCCUCGCGAGAUUUACAAUCUUUUUCGGGAAUUCCCUGGCUACCAGUCUUCCCAUCUCAGGAAUUCCAAUAAAAGUUCACAGGCUUUUGCUUUUGCUGUCUUCUCCGAUCAACAGUCCGCAGUUGCAGCAAGGCAUGCAUUGAAUGGACUGGUGUUUGACCUUGAGAAGGAGUCGACUUUGUAUAUAGAUCUUGCAAAAUCAAAUUCUAGACCCAAGCGCUCCAGAACAGAAACAGAUGAUGGAAGGGCUGGUUCUUCUGAAAAGAAAGUUAGAGGUUCCGCCACACUUCCAGGAGGAAUUCCUGACUCUGGUGUUGGCAGCAAUAUUCACAUGCCUGGAAUGAGUAAUUCUGCUUACAACAUGAUUGGUUAUCCAUCUACACAAAGUCAUGGGGACUUUGGUGGUGCUAGUCAAGUGACCACAAUGAAAUUGAGUUAUUCAUCAGCACCUCAAGUUCCACAAAACACUGUACCAUGCCCAACACUUUUUGUGGCUAAUCUGGGGCCAGCAUGUUCAGAGCAGGAGCUAACAGAAGCAUUUUCAAGAUGCCAAGGAUUUUUGAAAUUGAAGAUGCAAAACAGAUUUGGAGCUCCAGUUGCAUUUGUUGACUUUCAGGAUGUUGAUUGUUCUACCACUGCCCUAAAUCAUCUUCAAGGAACUCGUCUAUACUCAUCAACUGAUGGCGAGGGCAUGCGCUUGGAGUAUGCGAAAUCACGAAUGGGGUUGCGUAAGAAGCCAACAUAGAUGUAACAUAGAACAAGUGAAGGAUGCAUUUUCAUCUACUAUUUCUCAUAAUCACUGACGAGAAUGACAUCAGCUAUUUAUGUGGGAGAAAGCUGCUUUGUAUGGAAGUCACUAUCUUUUCCCAGGUGUAUUCCUUUUUCAACCUUGGUGUCAGCCUAUUCAGCGCAUUUACAAUUGUAGUGGCAUUUACUGCUACCUAACAAUGUGGUGACAGAUUUCAUUUUCUAUUUUUUGGUUAGUAGACGGGUUACAGAUCUGGUCAUGGAAAUUAAGAAGAGAAGAAUUAUUAAUAUAUAUACUGUCAUAUUGUUGGAAUCCAGUAUGAAAACCUACAUUGCUUUUGCUAUUGUAGUUAAGUUUAAGAUCCUAGUAAUUUUAGAUCCUAAUAAUUUAGCAACGUUGCUUUUUCCAUUGUGUUUAAUUACAUUUUGAAAUCCUAUUAGUUUCAAGUGCUGAAUUGUAGAUCCAGUCCUUCCAAGAUAAAAUCCAUGUCCAGCUACUUGGUAUCAUCUCACUGAGCAUGCCAACCUACUCGUUAGCAAAAUAUUUAAAUGAUAAAUUGGUAUCGCGUCUCCAAACUUCGUCUGUGCA